AAGUAUGAUAUGCACUGACGACAAAAAAAAAAGGUAUGAAAUGCACUAGCGGAGGAUCAUAAACUUGUUUAUAAGAUCUGUAUGAGUCGGUUUCUAUCAAAACAGGUACUUUAACAUCGUACCACCCAUCUCUUCUGUUCUCUAAACUCGUCUCUGUCUCUGUCUCUUUCUCUCUCUCUCUCUCUCUCUACACUUUCUAGAGACUUCUUCUUUCUCUCUUUCCUUGAAUUUUGAUGGCACAGUCUCUACUCUCCUACGACGUCUCCGAUCUCUGUCUAGGCAAGCCUCCUCUCCGUUGUCUCUCCGCCUCUUCCUCCUCCGUGUCCGACGCCAUCGCUGCCAUAAAGUCCUCUGAAGACACUUUCCUAUCAGUCUGGAACUGCAAUCACGACGAAACCGAUGUCACAGAGUGCGAGUGCUUGGGAAAAAUAUCAAUGGCUGACGUCAUCUGCCAUUUGUCUAAAGACCAUGGCUACAACACUCUCUCUGCCUUAAACGCACCCGUCUCUGUUCUGCUCCCCAAAACUCGUUCCCUCGCUCUCCAUGUUCAACCCUCCUGCAGCUUAGUUGAAGCCAUAGACCUGAUAAUCGGAGGAGCACAGAAUCUGAUUGUCCCGAUUCAGACAAAACCCUUCACUAAGAAAAGGCAGGAAAACGACAAAGUUUCACUCACCACCUCAACGCAUUCGAACGGACGACGAUUCUGCUGGAUCACUCAAGAAGACAUCAUACAGUUUCUCCUCGGAACCAUCGCCGCAUUCUCUCCUUUGCCGGCGAUGUCAAUCUCAGAUCUCGGUAUCAUCAACAGCACACACGCAAUCCUCGCCGUUGAUUACCACUCCUCCCCUUCCGCCGUCAUCUCCGCCAUAUCCAACGCUCUCGUCGACCAAACCUCUGUGGCUGUUGUCGACGGCGAAGGAGACGACUUUUUAACGUCCUUAAUCGGUGAGAUCUCUCCUAUGACACUAACUUGCUGCGACGAGACAGCUGCUGCGGCGGUGGCAACUCUCUCAGCCGGAGAUCUGAUGGCGUACAUAGACGGAGCAAAUCCACCGGAGAGUCUCGUCCAGAUCGUUAGGAAUCGUUUGGAGGAUGAAAGACUGAUGGGUCUGCUCUCGCUUUUCGAUUCUGUCUCACCUUCGUCGCCGUCGUCGUGUUAUUCGUCGGAUGAAGAAUCACCGACGAGGACGACGUCGUUUGGGAGGUCGAUGAGUAGCUCGGCGAGAAUGGCGAGGAAGUCGGAGGCGAUAGUGUGUAAUCGAAAGAGCUCGUUGAUGGCAGUGAUGAUCCAAGCGAUCGCUCAUAGAGUGAACUACGCGUGGGUGGUUGAAAAAGAUGGUUGUUUUGUUGGCAUGGUUACUUUUGUUGAUAUCUUAAAAGCUUUUAGGAAAUUUUUGGAGAAUGACAUGUGAAAUAUUUUUAUUCUGUAAUGUUCUUUUGUGUUUUGUUAAUUACUACUACUACAAGUCUACAACCCAACAAAACAAAAUGUGUUUGUUCAUUGUUGGGGUUUGUUUUGUGUUUUGGUGUGGAUGAGCAGCCUGUCGGAGUUUGUGAUUAACUAAAAACGUGUUUGGUAAGAGCUUUAUUCGUCUUUUGGUAUA